AUGAGUGAAAAUAAAGAUUAAUAAAACUAACCUUUGAGUUUGGAUGUUCCUUACUUUCUUAAAUUCUGUCAAAAUAGUUUCACUAAUAAUCAAACUAAAAGGGUGAAGGAGUAUUUUGAAAAUUAAAAAAAUAAUUUCAUACAUCAGAAUUAAUAUUAUAACAAUCAACCAAAUGGUUUAAAAGAAGAUGAAAACAAUACCACUUAUUAAUAUUACCUAGGUAAUCAUAGAUUUAUGCUGCCACUUAAGAUAUUUAUUGAAAAGCUUAAGAAAGGUAAAAUAGAUAAGAUAUAAAUAAAGGUAGUCUAAAUAUUAAUUUGGAGUAUUUUUAUGGAAAAAUAAUUAAUUUGGCAUGAUCAUUAAUUAUAUCUCAAUAAUAUAAGUGCUGAUAAUAUUUUAAUAGUAUCAAAAAAAGAUUUAUAUUUUGUAAAUUGCUUUAAAUAUAUAGAUGUGAGAUUUAUUAAUUUCGAUUUAUCAAUCUAAUUUGCUAAUAACUCUUCGUGUGCGAAGAAAUAAAAAGAUAAUUAAAAUCUAAUACAACUAAUAUAAGAAUUAUAUUAGCUUAUAAAUAGUAAAUAAGUUGUUACUUAAGACAAUUUAGAACUUUUAAUUCAAGGUAUCAACUACAACGAUAGAUUAAAAGAUGAUUAAGAUUAGUCUAUUUAUAAUAUGUCUUGGAAUUAAGAAUAGAUCAAAGCUUUGAAUGAGUUAUUUAAGGACAAAAAAUAUAGUUUUCAAUUAACUCAUUCAGUUCUAAAAGCAAUUUUAUUAUAACAUUUUUAUCUGAGUCCUGAAUAUACAUAUGACUAACAAUCUUUUGAUAAAUUGACUGCAAAGUUUAAAAAUUUAUUAUAAAAAAUUGACUCCCUUUAAAAUAACUAUAAGAAUGAAAUAUCAAAAUUUUAGAAUUAGUUAAAUUUUUACAUCAAUUAGAAUUAUCAAUUAGGUCAUGAUAUUAUUGUAGAUACUGAAUUCGUUAAUGAUUUUGAUAAAAAUGUUUUUAAUAAAAUGGUUGAUUUAGCUGAUUUUAAAUAAAAUGCAAUUUAUGAAAUUGAAAAAAUCAUAGAUAGUGAGUAUGAAAAAACUUUAUCAGAUACUAAAAAUUCUAUAUAAAAUCAUUUUUAAUCUGAAUUGGAAAUUUUUAUAUACAGUCUUUAUUGUGAUUUAAUUUGA